UCCAAAAAACAACGAAUUAAUUUGUGCUUAAAAGGGAGUAAAUAAAAAAGGAGAAAAAUGAAAAAGAUUUUUAGGAGUCUCGCGCCAGAAAUUGAUAACAACUGUCGAUUCUGUAAAUUAGAGCAACUUAAGCAAUAUGGUGAAAUCCGCAGAAUAUAUUUUGGAAAUAUUUACAGAUAAAGGAAUGGACAAAACUGCAUGAAAGUGGAUAAAAAACUUAAUUAAAAAUGGAUAUAAAUUUUGGUUGUGAUAUCUUAUAAAUAAUUUAAAACCGUAAGCAUAUUUACAUAAAUUAAUUAAAGUGACAUAAAUUAUGCAAACAUUUCUUAGGGAUAUACAAUAUUUUGUAUUUUUGAUUUGUAUGAAGAUGGUGAAAGAGUGGAGUUUUAAAUUGAACUUUCGUAAAUUGCAAACUGUGCUGAACUUUGUCAUGAAAUUGUUAUCAAGAUGAUCGCUUCAUAAAGUUGGUCUUAAUAUAUUAAAUAUUCAUAUUUUAAUACUUUUUCAUAUUUUAUAUUUUCUUACUAUUAUGUUAAAAAUUGUUCUUUAAAACUUUCUUUGGCUAUGGAUAUGCUGAGAAUUUUAAAAUUGAGAGUUCUUGGAUGCAAAGCCGAAAGCACACCCAAGACCAGCUCAAUUAGCCAAACAAAAGGCUAACCGAUUGGUUUAAUUGGAUGAUAUAUCGCUUGCUACAUUCCGCAACAGCAGUUGUUAAUUUCGAGAGGGACGUUGUGUUACUUAUAUCACCAUCUUACUAACAUUUCAUAACAAAAGUAGUGUUAUCUUGUGAUCCGAUAUGAGGUUUCUAUUACUGCUAACGACGAUUUCCAUCGUUGGAUGUGGUGUUAUACCAGAGUUCAACACAAGCGUAGAAAUGCAAAGUGAAAGAGCUAUGAAACUACUACUGGAAGGGGAGCGUGUCCUUUUAAACUGUACAGGCUCUGUGACCUGGAAACAAGCUUCCAAAUUUAACCAAUCAUUUUAUUUCCAUCUAAAGAUCAUGGAUUUAAGGACCAACCAAAUGCUAAAUACAUCGAAGGUGGUUUACAAAAAUGAUAUGCCACUUAUUCAUCAUCAAUGGGUUUCAAUAUAUGUAUCCCAUCAAUUUUACACACCAAGUAGAGAUUAUAUGUGCGCUCUAGAGAGUAAUUUCACUGGAUUUACUACUAAAAAGGCGACAACGAGCUUUGUUUUUAAAAAUCCACCUCGAGUUCCCACAAAUAUAUCGUACGCAAUAGUAAGCAAUAAUCUAUAUGUAUUCGCUGAUAGCCCCUAUAAUGAACUUGUUCGUACAACAUUGGAUACCAAGUACGCAAUGAGUGUUCGUGGCAAUAAUUGCUCGCAUGGAUCGAUAGAAGAAUGGAGCUUAAUGGAGACUUGUACAGUUUCGCAAAUGGAUAUGGAGAACACGGUCAUAUGCGUAGUAAAGGAAGCCAAGAAACUUGAAAAAUGCUCGAUUGUGUCGAUUAUUAUUAUCAUUGAUCAAGAUGGUGCAGCAGGGCUAGCAGUGAGCCAAAUGUUCAACAUAAGAAACGUAAAGGAAACAGAAGCUUUUGCAUCCGUGGAGACCAUUUACAACUCGUCAAACCAAAUUUUAGUGAAGUUACUUGAUAAUACAAAAUUAACAAAGUUCCAUGGUAUCUCCUACAAGGUUAAAUAUUGGACUAAAGAAUCAACCAGUGAGAAAAAGGAAAUUGCUUCCACCAGUCGUUUAAUUCCUGUCAAAGAUCUCUUUCCGAACACAUGUUAUUACAUAUCUGCAAAGUUUGAGGCAUCCAUAUAUUCAACGGAAGAUAAAAUUAUUGCUAACUGGACAACACCACAGUUAGAAUGCACCAAAGUUAAAGCGAUUACCGAUCAUCCUCGAAAUUUCACUUGUCAACAAGUAGCCCGACCAACUGGUGGCUCACCUGCCAUGCUGAAGCUAACAUGGGAGUCUCCUAAUAUCGACACAAAGAUAUAUGGUAAGAUCAAAUCCUACAAACUUAGCACCGUGAUUUUGCUUCCUCAUAUUCGGACAAAUAUAACUCUAAAUGCAACAGUAGCUAUGAGCAAAGAAGACGAUUAUCAACUGUAUUCUAACUAUGACGAGUACAAAUUUGGUAGAUAUGUCUACUAUGAACUAAGUGCGUGUAAUGAUGUUGGUUGCAGUGACGUCUUUUCAAGAUGCAGUCUCAAAUUGUCAGAUCCAUUACCCAGUGUUCACAAGAGAAUACCAUUAUCGAUUUUGCUCAGCUGUCUCAUCCCAAGCAUAACAAUAGUGAUGUUAAUCAUAGGAGCGUUCAUUUCGUAUUACACCAAAAAGGAGAUUGCUAAAGAUUUGGAGGAACCACUAACUGUAACUGGAAAAACGAAUGAUGCAGCUGAGGGAAAUUCGUCCCAGGAAUCAGAUGUUGAUGGCACUAGUAGCGGCAAUAACAACAACAGCGUCAAUAAAUCAGUCAAAAAGAGUAACCCUAGACUCCCACCUCAAUUGACAGAGGAGGGUAAUGGACGACCAGAUAGUUAUGCAGAUGACAACAUCACUUCGGCAAACAAUAAAGAUAAAACAUUAUUUGUUAACGCAACUUUAAAUGAAAGAGAAAGGGAAAUGAAUCGACAAAGGGAGUUACAAAGAGAACUAGAAAGAGAGCGUCUUCUACAAAAGGGAAGUAGAAGUGCCACCAACAGUCCCUUGAAAGUUUAAACCACAGAUUGCAAUAACAGCGGCAUUAAAAGUGGUUGUUAUAGAUUUGUGCAGGAUACUUUUGUUCUCCGUUAUAUAAUGAAUAUUUUUAAGUAAAAUCAAACCGUAACAGCAGGGAAUGAAAGACUUUUAAAUUUUUUUCCUACGCCGGUUUGAGCCGUAUAUUUUUGUCAAUUUUUAAUUGGUUUGUGUAAUAAUUCGAGUGAAAUUUCUUAGGAUAUUUUUCCACCAUUUGUACAUAUAUAUAAUUGUAUAUUAUUAUAAUUUUAUAACCACGGACCCAAUGAAAAUGUUAUUAAGGGACUGUUUAUAUGGCGACGGAUUGACUCGGCAAAAAAAAGCUGGCGCGCUUGACUUCCAAUCAAUCGAAACAAAAAGCAAGACGCAACAAACAGAAUAUUUCCAAUUAUAAAAAGGAAUUGUUUACGGGAGCAUAAAAAGCCAUGUCGCGUAUUGUCAGGAUGACUUGGUAUGGCGUGUUUGCACGGAAAAAUUCAUUCCGUCUUGCAGGAAUGUCGAUAAAAUUACCCGAAAUCUUGGAAAAACGGAAUAGAUCGAUUCUCAUACAAAAAAUGUUUGAUUUUUAGUAAAGAUUUUUAGCGUCUCGGCUCUAGUCCGCUCAAUCUGGCUGGCUCAUAUAACACUCCCUUACAAAAUUAUAUUUAUAAGCAAGGGGUGGGUUUAUUAUCAGUUACAAAUUCCUUUAUUUAGCCCUGAUUACAGUUUUUACUAGCUCUGAUAAAAUAGUGAAAAUUCCGAGAACAUGGUGGGAAGUCCGCUCCUACCAUUUAAAUUGAAAAGGUCUAAUUGAUUCCCGCUAUUUUUCCGUAAUUUAUGUAAAUAUUUUUAAUUAUAAUAAUAUUUUGACUUGUUGAUCUACAUUUUGAUUUGUAAUAACUUUAUGACUUAAAGAAAAAAGAGUCUUUAAAAGCUA